CAGUUGGCGGCGCCAGGAGUGGGCUACGGCCUACCGUAAAUUUUUAUGGGCCACCCUGCUGGCCCACCCUGUAUAAUGUAAUAUUGUAAUUUUGAAAAUGUAUGUCAUAUUUUUCUCAAGAAGUGUUGCAAAUUGGUGGAUAUAUUAUGGCUUUUUCUCAGUACCAUAUCGAAGAGGAAGAGGGUUAUUGAAGUUUUAAAAACUAGUUGGUAUUACACUUGAUAGUGACCUUUAUUUUUUAUAAACCUAUAGUUGUAAGUUGUUACCACCCAGUAGCGUAUGCAGGAUUUUAGUUCGGUUAGGGUUUUACCUCAAUAAAUAAUUUAGACUAUUUUUUUUCUAAACGGUUUUUUAUAUAACAAAUUAUAGUUAUUCUCAAAUUUAGUCUACAUUUACAGUGUUUAACGUGGUCAUUUAUAGAGUCUCUUCAGGACGUAAUAAACGUGGUAAUAAUCGAUGGACAACGAUAUAUACCAUCGAUUAUGGUAAACGUUUAGCAUUGUUCUAAAUCAGUAAAAAAAAAAACCCAAAACUAUGAUUAUCGAUGUCUUUGUCAUAUUCAACAAUGUAUCAAUUAAAAAUGACCAACAAUUGAUCUGUAUGUAUCAAAAUUUUGGUAAACAAGAUUUUUUUGCAGAAAAUAUAAGGGGAGUCAGAACCCUAAAAUCUUACCCCUGCGUACGCCACUACUACCACCUGAUAGGUAGGGCAAAUUUUGUUACACCACUGGCCCUCCCUUUAAAUCUGUGGCCCCAGCUUGGCUCACCCAGACAAAAAAAACCUGGUGCCACCACUGUUUUAGUAAGUUAUUAAUUUUAUGAUUUUAUGAUUACAUAUUAUAUUCAGUGUAGUAGUGGUUAUACCCAAAACGCUAACAUUUUUAAAUGCAUUUAGGAAUAAAAUAAAACAAGUAUGCAGGUUAUGGGUAUACAAUAUCAAUUAUCAACUAUAAAAUAUCAAUAUCUUAAUAUAAGACUAUUAGAGUUUUGGAGUCAUUUAAAACAAAGGAUGAAGAAUAUAUUUCAGAGGCAAAGGUAGCUCAAAUAAAUAUGGUUUACAAUUUUACAAAGCAUGAACUUUGACCAAUAUGGCAAUAUCCAACAGCUACACGCGAUUAAAUUUACAUCCUGUCAUUAUUACAACUUUUUAAUUUUUGUAUUAUUUUUUGUUUUUAGCAACGUAAUCAAAAAUUAAAGUCCAAUGCUCCCUGUAAAAAAUCUUCCUCUAACUAACAAUAAAAAAAUACGGAUAUCGGACUAAUCUACGAGUAUUUCCUGUAAAGUGUGUUUUGAUCGAUAUAAUACGCCCUAUCAACCCCCCCCCCCCUAAAUAGGUAUCAGGUAGUAGAUUAGUGGAAAAGUAUUAUAAUUGAGGGGCAACUAAAAUAUAAAAUUUAAUUUUCAAAUUUUAUAGAAUUGGGGAAAAUUUGAAAAACUGGCACCAGGACCCUUAAUUAAAAUCUAUCAGUGGCGUAUCCAGAAAUUUUUUGGGAGAGGGAGGUGGGCUGGUAAGUACAAAAAAAAAAAAAAAAUAAGUGAUUAAACAUUUUUUUUUUGCUAAAGAAGCUAUCCAAGUUACCUUGUGCACGUUUUUUAUCACUUAUUUUUAAAACCACGUGCCAAAAAUUAGUAAAAUUAGUUUAUUAAAAGCAAAACGUUAAAUAAAUAAAAAGGUAAGUUGUAACAAAAACGAGUGUUACCCUAAGAAGUCAUACCCCCAUGUGUUGUCUCCGUCUUACAAGUUCGUAACAUACCAAAUUUUACGUUCAGAAGAACACGUGUAGCUCUAUUGGUUUAAAAAUUAGAGUGAAUUGACGUCUUAUAAAAUCUAAAGGUAAGAUUAUUAUCUGGGCAACCUCAUGGGCUUUUUAUUACAAUUUUAUUUUAAAGCGAGUUAUGAGUAUUUUAAAAUUGUAAAUUGAUUGUACACCUUCAAAAACUCAUAACUCUCUUUAAAAUGAAAAUAUAAUAAAAAGCUCUUGAGGUUAUAAUAUUACCUUUAGAUUUUAUACCAGGUCAAUUCACUCUAACUCUUUUAAACUAACGGAGCUGCAGAGUACAGACAACGGUGUGUUCUGCUGAGAGUAAAAUUUGCCAUGUAAAUGUACUUGUAAAGGUACGGUUUUCUGGCCGCAGCGACCGGUCGCACCUUACCGCUCACGGACGUGUACAGAAGCCGGCCGCAGCGGCUAUAAUGCUGUUCCAUAGCAGACUAGCAGAGCAGACGCUGCGGCCAGCCGUUGCGACUAGCCGCGGCUAGGAAACCGUACCUUUAGGUAGGAGGGUUUACUCGAUGAUAGCACAGAAUAUACUGCAGUGUCGCAGUGAUAACAUAUAUCUUAUCGAAAAGUUCAAUGCUAUAAUCAUAUUCUGUGCUACAAUCACGAUAUUAUAGAAAAUCCGGUCUUUUAAUUUUGUAUCCUGUACUCCCGACUCCGGUAGUCCACCGUUUAAUUCGUGAUUUUUUUGUUGUAAACACUACCUGCAUAUAAAAAUCUCUGGGUACCUAUAUUUAAAAUAUCCUUUUGUGAAGUUUUGUUUAAAAUGUUUUCACCUUAUUGUAAUAAUAAUUUACACAACAUUGUAAACAUUAAAAGGCCAGUAUACCUGACGUACUCGUUUAUUAAUCAUUGGAUCCAAAUUCGUAAAAAGAGUUCAGUUAUUAGCAACAAAGUUGAAGUGUCCAGUACGGAUAUACUUACCGAUGAAACCCAAUUUCGUGCAUUGGAAAAAUCUGUGACUCCUUUAUGUCGUAUGCCGUAUGAGAAACAAUUGGUUCUGAAACAACAGUGGACAAAUACUGUAUGCAAAGAACUGCGCAGUCGACUUCACAAUGCAAAAACCUUGAUUAGACUACCUAAAGUCUUCCCUAUUUCUUCAUCCCCACAAAUCAACGAAUACCGUAAUAAGGACGAGUUUAAUUUUCGACCUGGUAUUGAUGGUAACCCUAAAACCCUUGGUUUUUUUGUCAGCAAUCCAACUAAGGGAAAUAUCUAUUGUGUGUCUGCCAUGAAUCUAAUUAAUAUGAAGCAAUCACAUAAAGAUAUUGCUCAGGUUUUUGAAGCUUUUGUUAGAAAAUCUGAAUUGCCCGCUAGUUAUGAUCAUAUGGAUGGUGGUUUUUGGCGAGGAAUCAUUGUGCGGAGCAAUUUAAAAGGUGACAAAAUGGCCAUAGUGGUUGCUAAUCCUAGAGGUUAUACCAAUGAAAUUAUGUUGGAUGAGCAACGUAGAUUUAAUGACUACUUGAAGAGUACUAAUAUUGAUAUACAAUCUUUAUAUUUUCAUCCUAGUUUGCACACUAGAAGUUCAAAAGAUUCAACAUUCAUUCUUGUUGAUGGAGAUAAAUAUAUUUAUGAGGAUUUAUGCAGUUUUAAGUUCAGAAUAUCUCCAGACUCAUUUUUUCAAAUUAACACGUUAGCUGCUGAAGUUUUGUACAAAGAAUUGUUCAAAUUAAUCAAUCUAACAAAGACAUCUACUCUGCUAGAUUUGUGUUCAGGCACUGGUACAGUAAGUAUAAUAGGCAGUCAACACGUACAAUCAUGUGUUGGUAUUGAAUCUGUGGCACAGGCUGUUAAUGACGCUAAAGAGACUGCAAAACUAAAUAAUAUAUACAAUUGUGAUUUCAUUGAAGGAAAAGUAGAAAUGGUAUUAAAACAAGUUUUGGAUGAAUUGAGCAUGUCUAGUGAUUUGUGUGCUGUAUUAAAUCCCGGUCGAGCAGGCGUGCAUCCGAAAGUCAUAAAUGCUAUUAGAAAUAAUAGGUUGAUCAACACUCUUGCGUAUGUGUCAUGUAAAGCAGACAGUCCAAUAACUAUGAAAAACCUUGUGGAAUUAGUUGUUAACAACAAAAAAUCUCGCCCUUUUACUUUGAAUUCCAUAAAACCAGUUGAUAUGUUUCCUCAUACAAAACACUGUGAAUUAAUUUUCAUGUUCAAACGUUAAAUUAUAUACAAAAUAAAAAAAUGCUUAAUUAUAUGUUAACUUACA